AAGAAAAGCAAACCCAAAGACGUCGCUGUGUCUGGCCUAGCCUGCCUGGCGACAGCUUGUCUGGCGUGAUCACAGCCGCGUUGCCACUUAUUAAAAUUCCUUUGUCGAUUUUGAUGUUAAUUUGUUGUUUCAAUGUUUUAAUUCUUAAUAAGGGUUAUUUUUUAUUGUUUUAAAUUAGGUUUUUGUAAAAAUUAAGGUAGAUUAGGAUUUAUUUAAGGGUUUAAUUGAAAGUAGGCGAAUGUUGGUUGUGUUUGGCAACAGCGCAGCCAAACUUGUUUUACAAACGGAUGUCGUACCACCCAACGUGAUCGUCGAGUAAAGAGAGACGGUCCGAUCGAGGCGCCGCUGCGUCUACGUGCAUCAGACAGAGAGGGUGCCGGUGGGCAUUUCCUCCACAUAACAUUCAGCUUUUACAGUUUUAGUCAGGUUGGCGAGAGGGGGAAUUCUUCGAACAUCGCGAUCGAAAAUGGUGGCUACGUAGCCCGCACAGUGCUGAAUCUCCAUCGUUUUUCUUAAGUUUUUCGCGUUCUAUUUUAAUUUAAUUAGUGCAAACCGAGGUGAAAAUGGCCCACGGACUUAGUAGCGUCAUAAAACGUGCCGCCGUGCAGUGCAAACCGGAAGGUAAAACGGGCGUGGGAUCUCGCAGGAUUUUUUCGCCACAAUUCAAAUUGCAAGUGCUCGACUCGUAUCGUAACGAUACCGAUUGCAAAGGCAAUCAACGUGCUACAGCCAGGAAAUACGGUAUCCAUCGUAGACAAAUCCAGAAAUGGUUGCAAGUGGAAAAUACGUUGCGGAAUGGGGUAAGCGGAAAGCCACAACAAAUGGCCUUGAACGGCCACAGACAGCGAGACGACGAUCAACGGCACCGAAGCGCCAGCUUGGCUGCUAGUACUACCGAGGAGGCGCGCGUUCCUACUCUGGAGCCCCCUACCGGUUGGCGUCAACACCAUCAACAGGCGCCUACUACUUGUAUGGUACCUAUCGACCUGUCGCUUAAAAAACAACCACUUACCCCUACACCACCUCCAACUGCUACUGUUCAUUUGCAUUUGGAACCAUCCCCUAGUCCAGAAAAUAGACUAGGCCUGCACCCGGACGUUUGGGAUUUGUCCACUAAACCUGCAACCGAAAAAAGAAAACUAGAGCACGAUGACAACCCCAACAAAAAAGUCAAACUUUUCAAGCCAUACUUAUUAGAUGACAUCAAACAAGAACCAGACCAAAAAAGUCCUUCAUCGCCGCAAAUGUACUGUUGUCAACCUUCGCCCGAAAUCUACUUCAACAACAACAACAUUGAAUACCAUCCAGCUUAUACUCUACAUGAACUCCAACCAAAAACCUUCUACCCUUGCUACCCUUACUACACAAACGAAUAUCCUAAUUUAAGUCCCACUUAUCAUCCCUCUUACAGUCUCGAUUUUAAAUUCGAUUGUUAUUAUCAAGAUUCUUUGUGCAAGGGCAACCCUAGAGCAGUUUUGACCAAGUACAAUAACAUUUUAAGGAGCGAAAUCAAAUCAGAAAAAGACAUACAAAAUGUUAGGUAAAACAAAUAGUUGCCUUUUCAACUAUAUAUGGGUGCUAAAUCUUUUUUCAAAUUAUCAUUCAAAUAAAGUGUGCCUUUUUAGUCUUAAGAAUCAAUGUGCCAAAAAAGAAUAUUUACAAUUAGGCAGCUAUAAUUUACCUGAAUGCAAUACUUAAUUGGUUUUUUUUUUGUCCCUGAAAACCGUUCCUUAAUUAUUAAUAUUGCAAAUAUCUUCAUUUUGCCAUAGUUUUUUAGAUAUUAUUAACAAAUAAUCCAUUGCAAAAGGGAUUGUUUGCAAUUAAAACAUAUAUGUGAUUUAGGUUUAUUGUACAUAUUUAUUAUAUAAAUAAAUGAGAAAAUUAUGAAACUAAAAAUAUAUUUUUAAGAGAAAAAAAUACUGUUUUUUAAUAUAUAUUUGACUAAUAAAAAUUUGUAUAUAAAUAAAUAUUAAUCUGUAAAAUUAUUUAAAAAUGCAGCUCAACC